CGCGGCGCUGGGCGCGGAGGGGAGGCGCGGCGCGGACUACGAGUCCCGUGGUGCUUUGCGCGGGUGGCCGGCUGAGGCGGCAGGGCAGGGCCGGGCAGGGCCGAGCCGGGCAGGAUGUCGCGCCAGGCCGGCCGCGGCACCGAGAGCAAGAAAAUGAACUCGGAGCUCUUCACGCUGACGUACGGCGCUCUGGUCACCCAGCUGUGCAAGGACUACGAGAACGAUGAGGACGUCAACAAGCAGCUCGACAAAAUGGGUUACAACAUAGGUGUUCGGCUGAUAGAAGACUUUCUGGCCCGGUCCAACGUGGGAAGAUGCCAUGAUUUCCGUGAAACCGCAGAUGUUAUUGCAAAGAUAGCAUUCAAAAUGUACCUGGGCAUCACUCCCAGCAUCACCAACUGGAGUCCUGGCGGUGACGAGUUCUCCCUGAUCUUGGAAAACAACCCCUUGGUGGACUUCGUGGAGCUCCCUGACAACCACUCGACUCUCAUCUAUUCCAACCUUCUCUGUGGAGUGCUGCGGGGUGCCCUGGAAAUGGUUCAGAUGGCCGUGGAUGUGAAGUUUGUCCAGGACACGCUGAAAGGGGACAGCGUCACAGAAAUCCGAAUGAAGUUCAUCAGGAGGAUUGAAGACAAUCUGCCAGCUGGCGAGGAGUGAGACGCCGCCCAGUCUCCCUUGGGGACUGGGGGGGGACCAGCUGGUUUUGGCCGUUAGCUUUCACCACAGAUCUGUAGGGAUCUAGUGCCCCUGUACAUUCAGACUGACUCACUGACUGUUUAAGAUGUUGUUAUAUUCUUCUACUGUUACUUCCAUCUCCUGUAGAAGACAGUUGUCUGGUUGCUGUUCGUUUCACAGGUUCAUUCUGAAGCUUUUUCAUAAGGUGAUGUCAUUUUCAUAUUCCCCUGGGAAAUCUUUCUACGCUCAGUUUCUAAUUUGUCACGUUUGGUUGUGCAAGAACUACUCCAACCCUAAAAGAGCUCCAGUCUGUCCAAAUUUGAGCCCGAGUUUUACAACAGGAAUUGGAGACCGAGUUGUAAGAGCCUACUGAUUUACUGUUAACGCUGUCCUUAAAAAGAGGUGUUUUAACAUUCACCUGGAGACAAGUGCAUAGCAUUUCUGUAGAGCAAACUGGCUUCUUGAUUCUGAAGUUAGGAGUAAAAUGCAAGCUUGAUACAAGGGGUGCUGUGGGAGAGCUGUUUGAGUGCACAGCACCCUCUGGGGAAGCUCCUUUUUCCUGAGAGCGGUGGCAUCACGCAGCAUCCACAGCUUCAGGGGGUCCACGUGGCCUCGUUCCCUCCCCCCAGCAGCACUUUUGGAAGCAGACUCAGCAAUGCCAUUCCCUGAUGGGACUUUGUAGUCUCACAACUCCCUUCGUGGAAGGGCAGGACCAGUAAAUUGUUGGGGAAAACCACUGAAUAUUUUAAACAGGGAAAGAACAAGCAGCUGUAAUGCCCCUGCUGCCCUACAGCCUGGGGCUGUGUGCUGAGCGUGCAGAACCAGACACCCAGGCUAACAACUGGAAGGUAUUAAAUGCGUUUCAGCAAGCGAGCUUCCUCUCCUGUGUGAUGUAUAAACACUGCACGGUGUGGAGGAGCUGCUGGGGUGUAUUCUUACCCAGACGUUUAGGCUAAAACAGAAUUCCCUGUGGGGAGUGAGUUGGCAAACUGCGGCAGUCUGUGACACCUGCUCUGUACAAUAAACACACAAAGUGGGGUUACCCUGCAAAAAAUGAGAUACCGGAAAACCAACUUUCCUCUGCCAUCCUAUUCAAGUCAGACAUUCAAUUCUUGAGCCACUUUACAUAGCAUGAAGGCACAAAUCACACAACUAGCAGCCUGAAGCUGAAGCUCUGCUUCACGGGAGCUUGCUGACAGGCCAGGCACCUCUGUGUAGGUUUGUGCCCGAGUGUAAGGUGUGAGAGAAGGGUGAGAUUUGUGCUGCUGGGAGCUGAGGUUCUCCAGGUGAGCGCUGAGUUGUGUGGAUUGAUCACUCCCCAAAUCGUGGGGAUUUGCCCAGAGGAGUUUCAUCGACGAGUGGCUGUGGCUAACGGGUUUUGGAGGCGCCACGUGGUCACGGAGGCAAAAACCAUCAGUUGUUCCCCAUUGUUGGCCGUUACAAGUCAUUUUAAGGCUGCGUUUUAAAAGCGACUGCAUUAAAAGAAGCCCGGUGUCA